UGCUCGUGCUUGUGCUCGUGCCCGGCGCUUCCACUCGCCUGUCAUCAUCACCAUCAGGAGGAGGAAACUCCUCCUAAGCAGCAGACAGCGCAUUCUGUCGCCUCUCCAGCGCAAUGGUUUCUUGGAUCAUCUCCAGAAUUGUGGUACUUGUGUUCGGUACGCUUUAUCCUGCCUACUCGUCUUAUAAAGCCGUCAAGUCCAAAGACGUAAAGGAAUAUGUGAAAUGGAUGAUGUACUGGAUAAUAUUUGCCCUCUUUACGUCUGUGGAAGCAUUCACAGAUAUGUUUCUUUGCUGGCUUCCUUUCUACUAUGAACUGAAGAUAGCCUUUGUGGUGUGGUUAUUGUCGCCGUACACUAAAGGCUCCAGUGUGCUCUACAGGAAGUUUGUCCACCCGACUCUUUCCUCUAAAGAAAAGGAUAUUGAUGACUACAUCUGCCAAGCCAAGGACAAAAGCUAUGAUACGCUGGUGCAUUAUGGGAGAAAGGGGUUGAAUGUGGCCGCCACCGCCGCAGUCAUGGCUGCAACAAAGGGCCAAGGAGUUCUGACGGACAGGUUGAGGAGUUUCAGCAUGCAAGAUCUGGCAGCGUACGAGUCGGACACAGCCAGCUCCGCCCAAACAACGAGAGCGGAAGCAGCAGCUCAGCACCGGGCACGCACCAUGAUGCGGAGCAAGUCUGAGAGCUACACUAAAGAUUUUGACAUGACUGACUAUGAGGUGUUGGGAUUAAACCAAAGAGAGCCAGAGGACAUGCUGACACCUGAUCCCUCCCCGCCUUCCACGCCUUCUCCCACUCCUCCAGAUCUGGAGGAGCAAGAGAAGAGAGCCAAGGGUGCGCGGGGGGCUUCAAACUCUCCUCAGCUCGAGCUCGCAAAAAGAAAAGCUCCCGAGCCUCCUCUUAGGGUCUCAAGGCCUCUCACGAGAUCCAGAAGCGCCGUGUGUUCUAACACCGAAGCCAUGUGAGCGGGUGGGCCAUGCACAUCGACGCCUCCAGCUGCCUCCAGCUUGCUGCAACACGUAAUUUUGUCCAAAAAAAAAAAAAGAAAAAGAACCUUACGUGACUGAAGCGGCACUGCUUUGGAAUUCGGUUUACCAAAGUGACCUCUGAUGACAUGUCGAUACGAUAGUUAUGAUAAAUAAGGACAACAAGCGAGAGCUCCAUGCUGAUCAGACCUGCUCGAGGUUAUUAUGUGUACAGUGUAUUUUUUAUUUUUUUUUCUCUGUCAGGUUUGGUUGGGCACUUGCAUGUGUGUCUCGCCGUGCAUUUUUAGUUUGUGCUACAGAAUGUACUGCAGCUCAUUUGUCAAGAGUCAUGUAAGUCGCCAUGGGUCGAUAAAUAUUUUAAAAGUGCAGAAAAAAUCAGAUGUGAAUCCUAAAAAGAUCAAAAAAAUCAAGUCGCCGUGGUUCAAAUAUUUACCUCUAGUAAAGCCUUAAUGGGAAACAUUAAGUAUCACAUAAGUACAGUUAGGGCCAUAAGUAUUGGGACAGUUUAAAUUUGGAGUGUUAGAAGACUUUGACAGUUUUCACAAAAAAAUGGCAUUUACCAUUUUGGAUUUAGCAAUUUGUUGCAGGGUCUUGGGAAAAUGAAAGUGAGCCCCCCAAUAUUUCUGGACCUAACUAGUUUUUCAUAUUGUGUUCACAUGAAUUCAUUUUGUUUGCACUAUGAAGUAAAUAUCAACCACUGCCCUCAAUUAUAAAUCUUGACCUUAAAAAAAGCACAGGUUUAUCUCAUUAAAUUUGAAUAUCGUGGGGAAAUUGAUUCAAGCAUCACGGUAGUCGUCACUUUCACAGAAGGGUGAAUGAUUUUAACAAUCUAUAGUAACCCUUAUUUUGGUCAUUUAUUUGGUCAUAUAACGCAAAUCACAAUAUCACAUGUUAUAGCGUUAGGUUGUAUUUUCUAUUUUGAGCAUCUCUACUGUGGAUUUUUUGAGGGAGAUUUUGCAGAUUCCCAAUUUCAUCAUAUAUACUGUAUGUGUUUUUUUUUAUGAGAGGCUGCCUGGGACAUAAUUCAAUAUUACUGCUCACAACAUGAGACUAAAAAGCUCACAACUGAAAUGUACUACUGUACUGAAAGAGGUCAUCUUGAUUUAUGACCCUGGCAGACCUUUCAGCAUUUUGUCUUCAUACUUUAUGACGUGACUGAGCCUUGGCAGCAUUUAAAUACGGCUGUCUGUAGUUUUCUUGUCAUCAGUGCAACUUUUAUGCUGACACAAUAGCUUCUCAGGUACAACUGUCUUGUUUACACACCACGCCAUUCACGAGGAUGUUGUAGAUACACUCGCCAUGCACAUCGAGUAUCCUUUAAAUGGAUGUGAUUUCAAA